ACGAGUAAAUUUAGUUAUUAAAAUGGUUUUAGAAAUACCUCAAACUUUGAGACCAAUUCAGAUAUAUUUAAGAUUAGCUGAUGAACAUCAAAUCCGUGAUCCUGUUAUCGCAUAUUAUUGCCGCUUACAUGCAUUACAGGAAGGGAUGAAAAUAAACAAGAGUUCCAAAGAAUGCUUAUUAUAUUUAACCAAUCUUAUGGAAAUUUUAGAGAAAAUAAAGAAAGAAAAUAAAGGAAAUGAUACCUUUACUAGUGAGAUUGUUGGACAAGCUUAUGUUGAAGCCUAUGCUUUAAAAUUAUUUGUAUAUGCAGAUACUGAAGAUAGGAAUUCAAAUUUUAAUAAAAAUGUGAUUAAAGCCUUUUUCUCAGCCAGUAUAUUAUUUGAUGUUUUAUCUUUGUUUGGGCCCAUCACAGAUGAAAUAGAGCAACAAAGAAAAUAUGCAAAAUGGAAAGCUGCUUACAUUAAUGAUUGUAUUAAAAAAGAGAUACAACCAAAGCCAGGCCCCCAAUCAGCCUCUGAACCUAUAUCAGAUGAUUUGCCAUUACCAAUAGACUCAAGCAGCAAAAAAACAUUAAACACUAAUAAUUUAAUAUCAAGAAAACCUGAUUCAUCAGAUAAUAUUAUUCAUGGUGAUAAGGAUUUUAACAGUUCUGAUAGUGAUACACAUGACAAUCCCAAUAUAAAAAAUUCUAACAAUAAUAAAACAACAAUAAAUUCUUCAACAUUCAUUGAUCAUGACAAUAUCCCCCAAAUCUUCAAUAACCCUCGACCUUCCAUUCCAAAUAACCUUCCUAUUAGAAAUAAUAUUCCAAUUCAGGGUUAUAGAACAUCUCCUAUGGAUGAACAUUCUGGCAUAGAUCCUUUAGAAUGCGCUAAUGCUGAAAAAUUAUGCAAGUUUGCUUAUAGUGCCCUACAAUAUCAAGAUAUCCCAACUGCCAUAACCAAUUUACAACAAUGUCUAAGUAUUCUCCUCAAGUUUCAAAAUAAGCAGUAAUAAUAUGGUAAUGGCGGAUAUAGAUGAGAUUAUAUAGAUUAAUAGAUAUACGAAUUUACAUUAUGAAUAUUUUGAUGCGCAAUAAUUGUAUUUAUUUAAAAUAAAUAUAUGCCAGUUAUUCUUUCCCAUAUUGCGUGUGCAUUAUAUAAAAUUAAUUUUUCCGUUGAUUAGUUUAGGCAUAAUGUAAGAUCCCACAUGCUGUAGAGACCCAAGUGUUCAUUUUGUUUUUUU